UCCUGGUUUAACACGUUGUAAUAGUUCUAUUACAUACUGUACUGUACCUCACCAGGAGGCGAAGUAGCCUAUUAUACCGUGUUAGAAAUAGCACCAAAUCGGACACCGAAUAGGUAGGUGAGAAUAAAAAAAUACGCCGUAUUUUGAUACACUUGAACCGUACUUUUUUGUUUUCUUGGUUUCUGUAGGCGCUUCGUUCCCCCCUGUCCUCCACUUUUGACAGAACGCCCCGAGCGCACUUUUAAUGAUGCGUAACUGACGCGCGGUCAUCAACGGACAUUCUUCCUGAUGUCACUUCUCAACAUGCGGACCACCUGUUUUAUGGCCGUGAUCUUGUGGCUCACAACUGGUUCAUCUCGUUGUCAAACACCAAUUCCCAAUGUUCACGGAGGGUUAGGUGCAGUUCUGGGGGUGUCCAACGCCAGCGUCCUCCUGCAAGACCCCAGCUCUGAGACACUCUACCUGGGAGCCAGAGGCUCCAUUCUGGCACUGCACACCUCCAACCUCACCUGGAAACACCCAUCAAUUAAGUGGGAGGCAACAGAAGAGGAGAGGAAGUCCUGUAUGGGUAAAGGCAAGAGAGUGGAUGACUGUUAUAACUACAUCUGUCUGCUGGAGGUUCUGAAGGAUGGAAGGAUCUACGUCUGUGGCUCCUACGCCUACAAUCCCAAGUGUGCUUUCAUAGACCCAGUGACGUUUGUCCUAGUGGAGGAAGGUGGUGACAAAGUGAAGAUGGAGAAUGGGAAGGGGAAAUGUCCUUAUGAUCCCAGACAACCUCACACGGCUGUUACUGCAGAUGGAGUGCUGUACACUGCCUCCCCUUCUAACUUCCUGGGCACGAUGUUUGACAUCACCAGGGCAACAGGUCAAGAGGUGCACGUGCAUCAGUCCGUCAACUGGCUCAGUGAUCCAGAGUUUGUGAGUUCGGCCCUGGUCAAGGAGAGUCCUGGAGAUGAUGAUAAAAUCUACUUCUUCUUCAUGGAGAAUGCCUUAGAGUACGACCUUUACACCAAGGUCAGGGUCACACGGUUGGCCAGAGUCUGCAAGGGAGACGUGGGGGGCUCUAAGACCCUGCAGAAGCGCUGGACCAGUUUCCUGAAGGCUCAGCUGGUGUGUCAGGACCGGGACAGUGGCCAGCACUACACCGUCCUGACCCACGCCUACCCCCUGGAACACCGCCUGGGAGACCCCAGCAGCACACACUUCUACACCCUCUUCACCUCCCAGGGGAAAGGAGAGCGCGUGUCAGCAGUGUGUGUGUACAGCCUGGCUGACAUCACCAAGGUGUUUGCGACGGGAGGCUUCAGAGAUAUGAAGAGGAACUGUGUGAACAGUGGGAACUCUGAGUCUGUACCCGACCCCCGACCUGGACAGUGUAUCAACCAUGUCCUGAGAGCCCAGGGUUACAACUCCUCCUUCGACAUGCCCGACCGCGUGCUGCAGUUUGCCAAGGAACAUCCUCUGUUGACGAACACUGUGGACGCAGCGCCCCUUCUGGUGAGGAGGGGAACUACAUACACCAGGAUCACAGCCACCAACAUCUCCAACAGUGAUGCUGCCCUACUACAUCUGGGAACAGAUCAGGGGGAGUUACACAGUGUCUCUAUUGUUGGUCGUACUGCUACUCUGCUGCAGGAGAUCCCUCUGACAACCUCAGUAGAGCCCGUCAACAACAUCCUCAUACACCAGGGCCAUGUGGUGGUGGGCUCCCCAUGCUCUCUGUCCCGUGUGCCAGUAGAGGGGUGCAGGGUGUACUCCAGCUGUCAGGUGUGUGCCCGGGCAGCAGGACUAGGUUGUGUGUGGGAUGUCAACACGAGAGGCUGUGUUGCGGACUCUCCAGUGCAGAGGGAGUCAGAGGACCCUUUGAAGGUGUGUGGCACUGGAGAGGGUCGUUGUUCCCCUGUGGUGAAGGAGCUGCGUGUGAAGAUGGGCCUGGUGGUCCUCCUCCCCUGUGACCACCCCCAUCUCUCCCCUCUCCCCUGCGUCUGGGAGCACCCCCAGGGCCGCCACACCCUGAAGCACCACUCCCACCUGGAGGUCACUGUCUCCGAAUCCAGCCUGGGCCUCUACUCCUGCCGCUGCUCAGCCCAGGGUGAUUAUUCCCGGGGUAGCGAACCCUGCCUUACAGCCUCCUACCAGCUCACCAUGGAGGACCUCAGUGUCGAAGGCAGGGUGGACCCGGGGCUGUCGAGAUCACCGGUAUGGGUAUACAUCUCCUGUGUCCUGCUGGGGGUGCUGGUUGGAGCUUUAGGAGCAACUGUGUUCCUGAAGAGGCUUUGCUGGAGAGCAGCCCAGCACACCCCAUUAGAGGACAGAAAUGGGGGUGGAGCCAAUCAAGGACAGCAGGGGCGGGGCCCCACCUGUUAUGAGAAUAAGCUGGUGAUGGGUGACAUGUCGGUCGGCCAAUUGGGAGAGGGCGUUUUGUGAAGAGAUGUCCAGAAUUGACUUAAUUGAAGGGAGUGUUUUGCCAGGUACCGCUUAGAGACUGAGGCUUUCUUUCUUUCUGUGUCUCUUUCUGUCUCUCUCUGUGUGUCUCUUUCUCUGUGUCUCUCUCUGUGUCUCUCUGUGUCGCUCUCUCUGUCUCUCCCUCUGUGUCUCUCUGUGUCUCUGUUU